AGUAUAAUGGACAACAAAUCCAUAAUGACAGAUUUCCUCCUAAUGGGGUUUUCAGAUGACCAUGAUAUGCAACUUUUCUAUUUUUUGAUGUUUCUCUUUGUAUAUUUAACAGCAAUAGUGGGGAAUUUUCUCAUCAUCUCAGCUGUGGUCCUCAAUCAACAUCUUCAUACACCCAUGUACUUCUUUUUGGUCAAUCUAUCAUUUGUAGAUAUCUGCUACAUAUCUACUACACUUCCCAAAGCAAUAGCUGUUUCAGUUACAAACAACAGAAUGAUUCCUUAUGCGGGAUGUGUUGCACAGGUCUUUUUAGUUAUUACAUUUGUUGGGGCAGAGAUUUUCUUACUUACUAUCAUGGCUUAUGACCGAUAUGUUGCCAUCUGCCAUCCUUUGGAGUACAGAUUGAUUAUGAACUGUAAUGCCUGCAUCCAAAUGGCAGCUAGUGCAUGGAUAUCCACUCUGAUUCAUGCAGUGUUAGAAACCAGUUUGACUUUCAGGUGGAACUUUUGUGGAUUCAAAAAGAUUGGGCAGUUUUUCUGUAACAUGCCUCAGUUACAAAAGAUAGCUUGUACUGAUUCAAAAGGUCACCAAAUUCUAAUUUUCCUGAUUGGGCUCAGUGUGAAUUCAUUUUGCUUUGCAUUCAUCUUGACAUCUUAUUGUUAUAUUUUCUCUUCUGUGUUGAAAAUUCCAUCAAUUCAAGGAAGACACAAAGCUUUUUCAACUUGCAUUCCCCAUCUCACUGUUUUUGCCUUGUUUAUUAUCACAGCUGUUUUCUCAUUCUUGAGACCAAAGUCACUUUCCUCCCCCAAGGUGGACUUAAUUUCUGGAGUUUUAUAUACAAUUUUGCCACCUGUACUUAAUCCCAUAAUUUAUAGUUUGAGGAAUAAGGAUAUUCAAAGAACUGUGUUGAAAAUAUCACAGAAAUUAAAAGAAUUUAUGGGUUGA